AGCUACUUCAUUCUGUUCAUUCUGUUGCGGGACCACGAACUAUCAACUAGUCGAAGCUCACAGAAGUCCACAAUUUUCCUGUUGGGCCCCUGGGCGCGACGAAUGAUAUUUCUCGUUGGUGGGAUUUAACCAGGUGUCCAGCUCCACAAUUAACCAGCGAAAUAAGGUUUCGAGGUUAACAUGAAUAAUCAACAGCUAGGGAGCUUGAUAAAAUGGUUGGACACAUUCGAGUUGCAAGCAGCUCAUUCGACCCCGGAGGAUAUCAGUGACGGAGUAGCUAUGGCUGAGGCCUUGGCCCAGAUAGCACCUGAGUGGUUUACCGCUGUUUGGCGCUCCAAGAUAAAGACAGAAGUGAGUUCAAACUGGCGUCUAAAAGUUAGCAAUUUAAAGAAAAUCAUUGAGGCUGUUACCGAAUACUAUGUAGAAUGCCUGAACCAGCAGUUAUCCGGCUACGUCAAGCCGGAUGCAACCAAAAUCGGCGAACACUGUGACCAUAACGAGCUCCGCAGGUUGUUACAGCUGAUUUUGGGAUGCGCCGUUAACUGCAAUCAGAAACAACAGUAUAUAACUAGAAUAAUGGGUAUGGAGGAGGUUGUACAGCAAGUUAUCAUGCAGAGUAUUCAAGAACUCGAAGGUUGCAUGCAAGGUCCGAGGCUCAGCCUGGGGGCUAGUCUUAAUUUUGAGUCGUUAGAUUUUGGGGAUGGCACUCAGCAGAGACUUUUGGUCGAGUUACAAGCUGCUAUAGAUUCUAGGGACCAGUUGGCCCAGCGUUGCCACGAGUUGGACCAACAGUUGUCUCUUCUGCAAGAAGAAAAAGCUGGUCUGAUCGCUGAGACUAAAAAACUACAGGAGCGGCUAGACGAGUUUGAAAAUCCUGAGGAUUCUGGGUCCAGUUUGAAAUACUCUGGGCUUAGGAAACAACUGGAGAGUCUAAAGGAUGAGAUGUUCAAAAUGGAGUCAUCCAGAGACGAUUAUAGACUCAAGGUUGAACUUCUGGAGAAAGAAGUUUUGGAUCUUCAUUCGAAACAGGAAGAUUUACAAAAAGCUGCUGACAAGGCUAAUCACCUCAAAGACGAGGUUGACGCACUCAGAGAAACUGCCGACAAAGUUACCAAGUAUGAGUUGACGAUUGAAUCUUAUAAAAAAAAAAUGGAAGAUCUAAGCGAUUUGCGAAGACAGGUCAAGAUUCUUGAAGACAAAAAUAUGGAGUAUGUUCAGGCUAAUAUGGAAUACGAAGAAGAGGCAAAACGGGCUUCCAUGUUAAGGAAUCAUUUAGAAUUGUGCAAGAAGCAGCUGGCCGAAGUAAAUCGUAAGCUUGACGAGGAAAGUAACAAAUCGGACAAACUUCAAUUUGAGUCUAAAAAAAUGGAAGCAAAAUUGAACGCUGUUCAAAGAGAGAGAGACAGACUGAUUAUCGAGAGGGAUGCCUUGAAAGAGAACAACGAGGAAUUGAAAUGCACUCAGCUACAGGCUGCUGAAAAUUCUGCUAAACCGUCAGACGUCGAUGCAGUUGAGAAUACGGAAAUGAUACCUCCAGAAGUGAAAGAAAAGCUGUUACGCCUUCAGCAUGAAAAUAAAAUGCUCAAACUCACUCAGAAGGGAACCGAGGAUAAAGUUCCCUCUGUUCAAGCUCUGCUCGAUGAUUCUGCAGAGAUAUUAAACACUUUGAGAGGUCAGAAUCGGAAGGCCAACCAACGUAUAAUUGAGCUUGAAAAUCAACUUGAAGAAGUUAAAGAAAGUCAAGUGGGUGGUGAGAGCAAAGGCGACAGUGCCGGGUUGCAGAAAAAAAUCAAUCAGCUGAUGGAGGAAGUUCGGAGGCUGCAAAUCGAGUGCGAAAGACUGAACGUACAGCAAGAGGAACGUGAGGCUACGAUCCAAUCUCAGAAACAGAAAAUCUUCACGCUGCAGGAAAGUCUCACUAGAAAAGAAUGCGAAAAUGCAGCAUUAGACGACCGCCACAAAAAGUAUGUCGAAAAAGCAAAAAAUGUUCUCAAAAGUCUGGAACUGAAGCCGAUUGCUUCUUCUAGCUCAGAGUUACUGAUGCUUCGCAAUCAAGUAAUGGAGAAGCAAAAAAUUAUUGAAGAAAUGGAGAAAUCUUACAAAGAGAAUAAACUUCUCAAGGAAAUGGAAGAAAAAUUGAUGGUCACUGCUUUUCACCGACUGGGUUUUGCCUGUCAUAAAGAAGCAGUUGACCAGCAUUUAGCUGCGCUUGGCGCUGGUCAAGGACAAUCAUUUUUAGCUAGACAACGACAGCCUUCUGCACGCAAAGCAUUCCAUCCGUCAUAUAACUCUAAGUAAAAUUACGCAAUGUCCUGAUGCAAUUCACAGUGCAAGUUUCAAUGAAUUUUUGCAUCUGCUGAUUCAUUGAAGUGACUUCAAUUUUCAUGGAGGCUGCCUUUAUAACGAAUUCUGUAUUUUAGAACCGACUUGUAAAGCUUCGCUCUAAACUGAGACGAAAGGUUCUAUUUAAUGGAAUGAUUAUAAAUAAUGUAUGCAAAGAAAAUGUUGACUCAGGUUACAAACAAGUCAAGAAUGCCUCACACUGGUAGCGCGUCUGUAUGUUGAAACAUAUAUGAAGACAAUUUUAUAACUGUAAAUAAUGGUAUAAGGUUGCAUUUUCAUUUUAUAAAAAUGUAACUUAUUUCCAUGAAAGUUUUUAUACACUUGAUGACUUGAUAAGUUGCUGAAUGGGAAAGUUAUAUACAGGGAUUUAUCCUAAUUGAAAUGAAAAAAAGGAAGAAUUAGUAUCUAUUCAUUUGAAAUUAGAUAAUGAAUUUCAAGCAACAACUUGAAAUUUUUUCACAAAACCGUUUAUAUACAAUUACUGGACUGGAACAUUUCCGGUGUUCAAUGUGCACAGGAAAUGUCAGAAAUUUCCAGAAUUGAGAUCUAUUUUGUCUUGUUUUUUAAAAUUGUUUUAAAAUGUAUGUAAAAUAAUAGUAAAAAAUUUGAUAUACAUAUGAUUGCUAAAAUCGUAUGUAGUUUGAAUUGUAAGCAAUCCGAUUUGAGUGCUGAUUAUUUUGUUUCAUUUUAUUUGUAGAAUAUUUUAACGUACGUUAUUAUCGCACUAUUUUUAAUGCUAUGUUAUACGCGGUUUGCGAAGCUUAUUAAGAUUCGUAUACAUAUUCUUGAAUUAAGCUUGUACUUACGAAAUUUGUAGUAAUUUUUAUUUAUGUUGAAACUGAUCUAUUCUAUGGUUUUUCUAACUACUAGUAUAAAUAAACUACAAUAUUUUAGGAA